UAAUCUUCGUAUCUACAGUGCAGUUGUGCACACGCCACUUACCUAUUCCCACCUAACGAUGCUGCAUUCUCGAUAGCGAAUAUGGCGCAGUCACAUACCACCGCCAAACUCUCGCCUGAACAGGCAAAGGCCCUCUUCGACAUCUUGACGCAUCAACAAGUAUACAAAGAAAUCGAGGACUUCAAAUAUCCCGGAGCUAUCCACAACUACGGACCACCAUUCCAGGAUAGUGUCACGUCCCCUCAAUCGCCUAUCCUGCAGACCCUAGUGUCCAAGUUCUUGCUCAAGCUACCUGGCCUGCGAGAUGUCUCACCUGAGUUUUGGAAAGGCCGUGUCGAUACCCUGAUAGAUGAGCUUUCGGAGGCAGAGUUGUCUGAGAGCUACGACAAGGGAAUAUUGGGUAUUCGCAAGACUCUCGCUACUGCCAUUUCUGCCCUGAUAGAAUAUCCUGCGAGGGGUGUGCUUGGAGGUUUUCCAAAGGAGGAAGUCAAGCGGUCUGCGAAAUAUGACACUUCGAACCCAGACGAUGUCCUGCAGGCAUGGAAAGACUGUGUUCAGAAAGCAGUAUAUGGUGAUUUAGUCGACGAGCUUUUCGAUAAGGCCGCUGAGACGGAUGACCUUACCAAACAUGAUUCUCUAGUGCAGGGCAUGCACGAAUUCAUGGUGGUGAACAUUGCAUCCAUCAUGCACUACACAUUAGUGCUUUCACCCGAAGGCCCGACUAUGCUGCGAAUGUUAUCGAGCGUGCACAAUUUGAUACCAUACACAAUCAUACGACAGACUUUGAAGGUCGGGAAUGUCGCAACAAUGCUCAGUGGAAUCGUCAGGAUUGUGCUAGCCAAAGCCAGUGUGGCAACAGUCACAAAUUGGAUCGGCUUGAGCAGUGGCGCCGACGAGGGCAUGAAUUUGAUGCAACAAAUCAUCUCCCAGGUCCUAGGCUGGGACAAGCGUGAGCUCAAAAAACGCGCGGAGAAAAUCGAAAAGAGCAAAGACGCUCCACCCAAAGAAGUCUUGACUGAGAUCAAGAACUGGUUGGGACGAGGUCGCGCAGAGCACGAGGAGACUCGCAAAAGCAGCCAAGCGUCGAACAUGUCAAUCGUUGCGACGAUACUUGCUCUGUCCUCAACAUCGGCAGAGCUGUCGGAAGCACAGCACGCCAAAGCCCAAGAAUACCUAUCACUACAGCUGGGUAUACGGGAUCGACAACAAAUUGUGAAGGUACUCUGCCAACGGAAUCCGGACAUCAUAACAGCUGCGAUCAGAGAUGCCGUAGAUGCAUACACGCCCAUGAUUCGUUACAUUCACCAGGCUGUCAAUCUCAGCGACACGCUCUGGGACUUCGAACGAUUCCUCACAGACAUGCUCAAGAUCAGUAUGCCGAGCGACAACACAAAGCAGGAGCAAAAGCCGCCCACUGUGGAAGAUUUUGUGGACCUUCUCCAUCGUCACCAGAGCAGUUGCCAUAAAUUCCUGCAUCAAUUCGCCAAGAAUGGCAAGGAAAUGACUGAAUGGUGGAGAGAGUACAUUCACAUGGCAGCUUCAAACUUUAGGAAAGAAGACAAGCCUCCAACAAGCGACUCCGUUGUUCCCGAUAAGAUGACCACAGGUGCUCUUCAAGACGAAUUGGGAGUUGCCUUCUCGAAACUAUCUGCCGAAGACCAGAAGACAGUCCAAACAGAGCUCGAUGCCUGGAAGAAAUAUAUCGACGAACUCCACAAUGCUUCCAAUGCCAGGAUAAGCUCCGUCAUCAAGAGGACACAUUCUACGCCUUUUGGGCCGGGUGCAUAUCUCGCGAGAUGGCAGCAGUUACUCGAUGAGACGCCCAUCACGCCCGCGACUUCGAAUGGGCCUGUUCGACAUGGCUCCGAUAAGAGCGUAAAAGAAGACAGUCGAGCGGACGUGGAAGGAAACUCGGAGGGGAGUUUGAUCACGGAAGAACAGGCGCAGAAAGCCGUUGGUGGACAGCUUCCUACCCCACCGAAGUGCGAGGCUGUUUCAAAGCUGCUGUGGCCCAAGUUCACGCAAUUAUUGGUUUCGAAGUAGACACUCAUGUGCGAGGGUUGGAAGCAAGCCUGGUUUGUGCGAGCGCGAAAACGCUCGAGACGCCAGGCUGGCGAAUGCUCCAUCACCUGAGGUUCAUCAUUCCAUCGUCCACUUCCUGUCAAUGGAUUCAACAGCCCAUGCGCAUGCACA